ACAUAUAGUUCGUACAAAAGCCAAAACACAUGGAAAGGUCUUGUUGGUGUUACCCCAAAUGGGGUAAUUACGUACCUGAGUGAACUAUAUCCAGGAUCGACAUCUGACAAGGCUAUUAUAAGGCAUAGCAACAUAAAGCAACAUUUGUCGCUUAGUCGUGGGUGA